AGAUCUCGUGUUUCAUCUACGUGUAUUUGAUCGUAAAUGCAAAAUUUUUUCUUAAUGGUUACUUGGGGUGAACCUUGUACGGAGUACGGAUGUCCAGGACGACCGCAAUAUGAAUCCUUCGUACCCGCGCCUCCAGGACUCACCCCCCAAUGCGCGCUACCGGGGCAGACCUUCUGCGAAACCCCAGAUCACUAUCCUCGACAACUCAUCAAGUUUCUCGUCGACAAAUGCAGCUUCGACUUUAACACCGCGCUGCAAGAUGAAUCCCGAGACGAUUUUAACUCUUACAGUUCUCCACCGGGUUAUAAUCAAGGCUAUGAUUAUCCACGACAAGACGAUAGUCAAUUAUACUCGCAGUUUCCUCUUGGAGGAGAGCCAGCUCCAGUGUACGGACCUCCAUCCAAUACUAGUCGUUAUCAUGGUUACAAAUAUUCUGCACCGCCAUACUCGCAAAGAAAUCCUUUCCUUCCGGAAGUAACGCUGAAAUAUCAUCACGACAUCCAACGACAAAUCGAGCGCGCUCAUUCGCAAGAAUCCAUAAACGUAUUUGAGUCAAAUCAAUCGUGGCUGACGAAUAGGUAUUCGCGAGGUGACAAGAUAACACCGCGAAGUUACAGCGUAAAUCCAUUAUUGGGAUACGCGAAACUUAAGGCCGAUCGAGUAAAAAGGCAAUCGGAUUCGGAAAUCAUUUCUCUGUGUCCCACACGAGCCCAAUAUAUCGCUCCCCGAGCCGCUUUGAACAAACAGGGUAAUUGGAUGUAUGUUGUUAAUAUUCCUGAACAAAACAAGUAUUCGCAGCUUGUCAGAAGCGAGAAAUGUUUGAAUGACGUGUGCGACGGUAUAUGCUCCAUCCCGGAGGGAUACAAGAGUAGAUGCCAGCAACAAUUCGUGCAAAAGAGACUAGUUGCACUCGAGGGAAGCGGAAAUCGACUUUACACCGACUUAUUCUGGUUUCCACAUGGCUGCUCGUGCCAGAUCAUACCGAAUUUCUAAGGAUACUGCGAGUACGACGUCGUAUUAGCGUGAAAGGGUUAAUUUCAGGGGGUAAGCGCUAUUAAACGCACGGUCGUUCACGUUAUUCUCUUCACGAU